CCAACCCAGCCGCCCCAGAGCUGCAGCCCGGAGCCCAGAGCAGAGCCAUGCAAGCCAACGCGACCACUGUUCGGAUCCUCAUUAAGGGAGGCAAGGUGGUCAACGAUGACUGCACCCAGGAAGCCGACGUGUACAUCGAGAACGGCAUCAUCCAGCAGGUGGGACGGGAGCUGAUGAUACCCGGAGGGGCAAAAGUCAUCGAUGCCACUGGAAAACUGGUCAUCCCUGGUGGCAUUGACACCAGCACCCACUUUCAUCAGACCUUCAUGAAUGCCACCUGCAUGGAUGACUUCUACAACGGCACCAAGGCUGCGCUGAUGGGAGGGACCACAAUGGUGAUUGGACACGUCCUUCCGGACAAAGACAUGUCGCUGCUGGACGCCUACGAGAAGUGCAGGAGCCUGGCCGAUCCCAAAGUCUGCUGCGACUACGCCCUCCACAUGGGCGUCACCUGGUGGGGAUCCAAGGUCAGGGCUGAGAUGGAGACCUUAGUCCGGGAGAAGGGGGUGAACUCCUUCCAGAUGUUCAUGACCUACAAGGACCUGUACAUGCUGAGGGACAGCGAGCUCUACCAGGUCUUCCGACACUGCAAGGAUCUGGGCGUGGUCACCCGAGUCCACGCCGAGAACGGAGACCUGGUGGCCGAGGGUGCCAAGGAAACCUUAGAGCUUGGAAUCACCGGCCCUGAAGGGAUUGAGAUCAGUCGGCCCGAGGAGCUGGAAGCGGAAGCCGUGCACCGAGCCAUAACCAUCGCCAACCGGACCUUUUGCCCUGUGUACUUGGUGAACGUGUCCAGUAUGUCUGCAGGAGAUGUCAUUGCUUCUGCCAAAAUGCAAGGAAAACCAGUUUAUGCAGAAACCACCACAGCCCACGCUACCCUCAACGGCCUUCACUACUACCACCAGGAAUGGUCACAUGCUGCCGCUUAUGUUACUGUCCCGCCACUUCGUCUAGACGCUAACACCCCCAAUUACAUCAUGAGUCUGCUGGCCAAUGACACCCUGAAUGUGGUGGCCUCAGACCACAGGACGUUCACCACCAAACAGAAGGCGAUGGGCAAAGACGACUUCACCAAAAUUCCUCACGGGGUCGGAGGCGUGCAGGACCGCAUGAGCGUCACCUGGGAGAGAGGAGUGAUCGGCGGUAAGAUGGAUGAGAACCGUUUUGUGGCGGUGACAAGCUCCAACGCAGCCAAGAUCCACAACAUGUACCCACGCAAAGGACGCAUUAUCCCCGGAGCUGAUGCGGAUGUGGUGGUCUGGGACCCCGAAGCGGCCAGGACCAUCUCAGCCAGCACCCAGAUCCAGGCCGGGGAUUUCAACCUGUAUGAGAAUAUGCGAUGCCACGGCGUGCCCCUGGUCACCAUCAGCCGCGGCCGUGUGGUCUACGAGAAUGGGGUCUUCAUGUGUGCCGAGGGCUCCGGAUCCUUCUUCCCUAUGAGGACCUAUCCAGACUACUUAUACAAGAAGAUGAUACAGAAGGAAAAGUUGAGCCUAAAAUAUGUAGACCGUACCCCCUACCAGGGAGACGUGGCGGUCGUAAUGAACGCUGGAAAAAAAGAGACCGGAAGUCCGAUGGCAGAUACUCCAACCCGGCCAUCGACUCGUCACGGAGGCAUGCGGGAUCUGCACGAGUCCGGCUUCAGCCUAUCUGGUGCCCAGAUUGACGACCAUAUCCCAAAGCGCGCCUCUGCUAGAAUCCUCGCCCCUCCUGGAGGAAGAUCCAGCGGGAUCUGGUAAAUGGCAGGGAGUCUCGCCCACUCCUGCAGAAGAUCAGCCCUUCUGCCCCUUGUCAGUCACACCCAUCACGUAAAAACUCACCUGUAAUUUGUCGAGAGAGGGGAUCGACUGUGACUCGCCCACCAUGGACACCAGUCUGCGGUGUCUACAGCUGGGAGAAUGUUACCGCCUGCUCCUCACAUUUAUCUCCGGCCCGGGUCACCUGCCGCCAACGUCUUAACCCUUUAUUUAACGUAGUGAUAACUGAUGGUCUGUGCUCUGUGUGUAUGGGAACGUCCUGUGAGUGUGUGGAUGGAUGGAGCGGUGGUGGCCUUUGUCUCACCGGUUAUUGCUUGUCUUCACACAGGAGGCAUCAUAAUCCUCCCAGUCCACAUUCCGUAUACCAGUAUAUAAUCCUGCUUCAUGCUUUCCACUAAAGGGGUCAUAAAAAUACAAACUCUUCGUAUAUGCAUGGGAAAAAUUCUCAGCCAUGUGCAGAAUUGACCGGUACUUUUACAAUGUAUCUUCUCUGUAGCAGACUGUGAAUAAAGCAGCUCUCUCUCUCUCUCUCUGAGCAAGAAGUCUCAGCAUGGUCUCAAGCAACAUGCAGAACCUCCCUCAUCCUCUUCUUCUUCUUCAUUAAACAAGCUUUUGGAACAGAUUUGAUUAGAAAGAAAGUUGUAGUUUGGGUUGGUGGGGACUUCAGUCAUCUGAAGAAGGGUUUACUUAGUCUUUGCGGAGUACUGACUGCCCAGCUGCAUCCUAAUACAAAAUAUUAUUGGGUCAACCCUUUAAAUAAGUUACGGUUUGUAAUCUAUGGUCGCCCAAUGUGGUUCUGUCCUAUGGACUGUUAGAUGACUAUGAGCAUUUCUAAAAAUUGCAGAUGGAGGUUUAAGGAGUGGGUAAUAACCCCUACUAGGACCA